AUGCCAGUCAAGUUAGAACAAUUACAUUUGAAUGACGCUGAGGAAGAAACGAACGAUUUGAAAGAGCCAAAAAUUGUGCCAUCUGAUAAACAAAUUUGCGACGGCGUUGUACUUUUAUGGCGCCAAGAACCAGCGUCCGAGGACCUGGGACCCGCAGAUUUGCUCACUAGGAUUAUCAGCAGAAAUCCACAAUGGGAAUUAUCCCGAGAAGAUUUGGAGCAAGUGCUCUCAGGCCAUAACUUGUUGUUCACUGAUGAAUCCAAGCUCUUUACUUAUGCUGAUGAGGUCAUGAGCCGCCACCCUCCCAAACCUAACCCCAAAGUUGUGGAUAAAAUGGAACUGCGGGAAAUUAGAAGUGGCAGGUGGUCUUUUUUUGCGGCGAAAGACCUGCGACGAGACGAGAUCAUCUUUUAUGAGCACGAACCAUUGACGCCGAUUUUGCCCUUGGACAAAGCCUCUCUCGCUUCUAAAGGUCGAUCUUGCUCCCUAUGUGGCCAAUUACUUACCCAAAGUUCCCAGUUCACACUGAAAAAUCUGCUCGACUGUCAAGCGUGCUCCGCUGUUUGGUGUUCCAAGCAUUGUAAACGCCUAGACGCUAGUACACAUGGAUUUCUCAAACACCCGACCAGCAAAAGCAAACUGGUGUCAGCAUCUGGAUGGAUGAGGUUUGAAGAGCUGUGCAAAGAGCAUGGAUUACAAGCUCCAUACGCUAUCGGAAUAGUAUACGCGCGGAUUAUACUCAACAGGCAAGACGGGGCUCACAUUCAGGAAGAGCUUGAGUCUUUAGCAGAAGUAAGCCAACUUUUGCGGACCAAGGCUGCAGACUCAACUAAUGUAGGUGGACUAUUCGACAAAACGACAGGUGCGGUAAAUUCAGAAGAGGGCCCUGUUUGGAAUGAAUUAUUCAAAUCAUUUUGCACCGCAUUUCCUCAAGCUCAGGAACAAGGCUUUGACAUGGACACCUUUUUGAAGAAUGUUGGAAAGUACAAUAUCAAUCAACUUGAUGGUCAAAUAUUCACCAUGUAUUCACAUCUAAAUCACAAAUGCGAACCGAACGUUCGAUAUGAGUUCGAGGGCAAGACGGGCUUGCGGCUCUUCGCAAGGAAGGAUAUCAAGAAAGGUGAGGAGCUUUUUACAACCUAUGUGAACCCUUUACAUGGAGUCACACUACGACGUAGAGAACUUUUGGUAAACUAUGGGUUUCUUUGCCGUUGUUCCCGGUGCCAGAAAGAACUUAAGUCUCGACAGGAGGCCCAUACAAAGCAGCUUGCACAAGAGGAACCUGAUCAGCUAACAGCGCCUAGACGCAAAUCUUCUAUAAAGGCCUCUAGGCCCGAUUUGUCGGAGCUUUUAAAGAAUGGCCAAGAAUUCGACCUCGAGAUACCUGAAAAUUUGAGGUUGGAACGAAGAAGAAAGUCGGUGAGAUUUGAUGAUCGAGUGAUGGUUGCAUUGGAAGAAUAA